AUGGACAAGUUUUUGAAAAGGAAAGAACUGGACUCUGAACAAAAUUCGGAGCAAGAUGAGAGCCCAAGUACGAGUGGGGAUCAAAAGAAAGCAAAGAUGGUUAGCUCAAGCAAAUUCUCUGGCACAAGGCAAUAUAGCGAAAGCUAUAUUUCAUUUGGAUUUACUUUCACCGGAGAUGCAAAGAAACCAACUCCACGGUGCGUGGUGUGUGGUGAAAAGCUAUCUAACAGUGCUAUGGUCCCAAGUAAACUUAAACGCCAUCUCCAAACGAAACACCCUUCGCUUCAAAACAAGAAUGCGGACUUUUUUGUUCGCCUGCGUGAAAACACGGAGAAACAGGCAACUUUCAUGAGAAAAACCACAAAGGUAAAUGAAAGAACUCUUAAAGCUAGCUAUCAAGUUGCUGAACUUAUAGCCAAGUCAAAAAAGUCGCACACUGUGGCAGAGAAAUUAAUACUUCCCGCCUGCAAAGCUAUUGUAGAGGAGAUGCUCGGACCUGAAGCAGCUAAGGAAAUAGCCAAAGUCCCUCUCUCAGACAACACAAUUUCCAGACGUAUUAAUGACAUGUCUGCAGACAUCGAAAAUGUGGUUUUGGAAAAGAUCCGUAUCAGUGAGAAAUUUGCAUUGCAACUUGACGAGUCUACUGAUAUCAGUGGACAUGCUCAACUCUUGGCCAAUGUGCGUUUUGUGGAUGGUGAUGCAAUUAGAGAAAACUUUUUUUUUUGCAAGGCAUUGCCAGAAAAAACAACAGGAGAAGAAAUUUUUCGGGUCACAUCAGAAUACCUUGAACAAGGAGGACUUAAGUGGGAAAACUGCACAAGUGUCUGCACCGAUGGAGCUGCAGCCAUGGUCGGGCGCACCAAAGGCUUUGUGAGCAGAGUGAAGGAAAGAAAUCCAGAUGUGAUUGUUAUGCAUUGUUUUUUACACCGUGAGGCCCUCGUAGCCAAGACUUUACCAGCAGACCUAGUUCCUGUGUUGGAUGAUGUUGUGUGCAUGGUAAACUUUGUAAAGUCACGACCCGUGAAAAGUCGCAUGUUUGCAGCUUUGUGUGAGGAGAUGGGAGCGAAGCAUAAAACCUUGCUGUUUCAUACGGAGGUCCGGUGGUUGUCGCGUGGCAAGGUCUUGGUUCGUGUGUAUGAGCUGCGGGAGGAAGUUAAAGUGUUUCUGACAAAUGAGAGGUCAGAUUACGCAAAGCUGCUUGCAAGUGAUGAGUGGUGUGCAAGGCUGGCAUACCUGGCAGAUAUUUUUCAUCAUCUGAAUGAACUGAACACACGAAUGCAAGGCCGAAAUGAAAACCUGCUUACAAGUACAGAUAAAAUAAAUGGAUUCCGUUCAAAGGUGCAACUCUGGCAUCAACACGUGGAAAGUGGCAAUCUUGAAAUGUUCACACUCACCAAGCAAUGGCAAGGUGUUCACACUGCUGCACUGUUAAAAACCUAUUACUUAAAAGCAAUAAAAAGCGAUAUAUCAAAAGCUAUAUAUCAAAGGCAUUAA